AUGGACCAAGUCCUGCCCUCAGGAUUCCCCGAAGUCCUUCGUCUCUCACUCAAAUCCUCCACCAGUCUCCUAAGUGCCCUCGAAGAACCUCCUCAUCCACCGGACUCCGAUCAUAUUCGAAAGAUCAUCGCCGCAGUUCUCUGGCAUCGGAAGUUUGUCUUGACUUACUAUAUUGUGAUUGCCACUGUAGUUGCCUCUUCAUGCAGCCAUGGCACUUAUAGAAGGACUACACGGUGGCAAAAGAGGAGGCGAAUCAACAUCGCAAAGAUCGAUUCUACGACACCCGAGACUACCCCUUCUUCAUCGAGUAGUACAUUACGUGGGACAACAACACCUCCGCAGAAAGAUGACGGCCUCGGACAGGGAGAAACCACAUUUCUGCUUGUUCAGAACGAACUCCCCUCUCUCCAGCGACCCAGUUUGCUCAACCGACUGAGAGCUUUUCUGAUGUACCAGCCUCGGCCGAUCCCGGCAUGGACCUCUUCUUCGAACGUUUUGCCGAACAAUGGUACCAGUCUGUUGACACUCUUCUUUCUUGCCGUCAACCUGUUUUAUCUUCUCUACCGCGUCCCCUUGUCAAUGACAUGGAUAUUCAUCCUUGCCGACCGAGCGGGUCUCCUCUUCGUCGUCAAUCUGCCGGUCCUCUAUCUCCUCGCCGCCAAAACGAGCCAGCCCAUCAAGCUGCUAACAGGAUGGUCUUACGAAGGCCUCAAUCUGUUCCAUCGACGAUUAGGCGAGUGGAUGACAGUCUUCGCGGUCAUUCACAUGCUGGGCAUGCUAGCUGUCUGGUACACAAUCUUCCGACCUCUUGAUUUCAGCCUCAUCCGAUACAUCACCUCCCAGGUCGUGUUUCUGGGCAUCGUCGCCGUUCUUUCCUACUAUAUCAUAUACAUAACAAGCAUCGGCUGGUUCCGACAGCGCCAUUACGAGACGUUUCUCGGUUUACACAUAUCCUUUCAAGCGGCAGCUCUGGCGUUUCUAUUUUUCCACUAUCCUACCGCCAAACCUUAUGUCAUGGCCACAUUUGCCAUUUGGGCAAUUGAUAGACUUUUAUGGCGGAUUACACUGUCGAGUCGAAGAUUCAUCGCAACCUUGGAAGUGGCUCCGGAUGGGCACACGGUAUUGAUACACUGCACCGUAGACUUACAGCGAAAGAGGUUCGGCAUUCGAUCACACCUUCGUCACGGAUGGCUCCCUGGACAGCAUGUGUUCCUCACCAUUCCUUCCAUGGGCUUCAAAUAUCGCUUUCAAGCACAUCCCUUCACUAUCGCAUCGCCAGCUCCCCCCAAGAGCACAACAUUGAGAUCUUGGCCGCUUCAACUGGUCAUCCGAUCCAUUAAUGGCUUCUCAUUAGACCUGCUUAAGUAUGCCCGCCACCACCAACACUGCGACGUCAUCCUCGAUGGGCCUCACGGUGGCAUUGAAGCACUUGAGGCUGCUCACCAUGCCGAUCGCGUCUGCUUUGUGGCAGGCGGAAGUGGCAUCGCGGUGACCUAUCCACUUUCUUGGGAUAUCCGGGUCAAGCAGCACAUGCAGGCAGACGCCAUCGUGAGCGCGAGAGCCGUAUAUCAAGACAGAUUAAAGUCCGUCCCUUCAAUUGUGGACUGCAGCUCCUUGGUCAAUGCGGCAAAAUACUCCCACUUCUGGAUACGCCAGGACCUGCGACAUGGAAAGUGGGUCUCGAUGCAUCCGCGGGCCAUAGCUGUUGAGCACGACACUCGUGACGACUUGUUCCUGGUCGACGGCGCAGGAGCCCAUGGUCAGGAAGAAGUCGCGUGCCUCGUUACGCAGACCUUCGACACGAGAAGCCCUGGUCCAAGCGGAGGACGUCCGGACAUGAAGAGUGAGAUCUGGAACUGGGUGACAUCCGUUCCGACUGCGCGGUCUACAUCGUCCACGGCGCUCGGCGGCCGAUCUGUUGAUUCGGACACUGGUUCAAUUUCGACAGGCCAGGGCAUGACAUUGCCCGCCUCACUGCUGAAAGAUUCCACGAACCAAACGGGUCAAAAAGACAAGAUCUGCAUCAUUGUCUCUGGUCCCGACGGCCUUGUCCGAGAUGUCAGGAAUGUGGCGGCAGAGCUCGUCCAGCAAGGUUGGGACUUGGAAGUCUGGGUAGAAAAGUUCGGGUGGUGA